AUGGAAGGCGAGGCGGACGAAGGAGCUCGCACGGGCGGUGCGGCCGCAGAGGUUGAGAUGCUACGAGGCAGGGGCAGGCCGAGGCGAUCGGAGCCGAUGCCCGCACUCUUGCAAGUGGCGACGGCUGGUUACAUUGUUGAGAGAGUAAGACGAAGAGUACGGAAUCGGGCGGGGCGCUACACGCUCGAGCACCAGGUCGAGUACAGCACGCAACGUGGGCAGCCGAGUGGGCGGUGGUGGCUCACGCACGUGGAGUUCGAGGAGUUGGACGACGCCGGCAAGAUCGAGGGCGAUCUUGGAGCCGGGGAUGGCGUGUAGUAGGGUGACCUACAAUGCGGCCUCGACGAACUGGCAG